AUGAAUGUGGAUUCUCUGUUAUCUUUAUAUAGAAUCUAUUUCUGUCAAAAUAUUCUCAUACAAGCCAUGGAUACUCUCACACUUUCUUUGGGUUUUUUCUCUCUCUUUUUGUUCUUCUUUCUUCUAAAGAGAUCUACUCACAAACAUUCCAAGCUUUCCCAUGUACCAGUGGUUCCAGGUUUGCCAGUGAUUGGGAAUCUGCUGCAAUUGAAAGAGAAGAAACCUCACAAGACAUUCACAAAGAUGGCUCACAAAUAUGGACCCAUUUUUUCCAUCAAAGCUGGUUCUUCCAAAAUCAUUGUUCUCAAUACUGCUCAACUUGCCAAAGAGGCAAUGGUGACUAGAUAUUCAUCCAUUUCAAAAAGGAAGCUAUCGACUGCACUGACGAUUCUAACUUCUGAUAAAUGUAUGGUUGCUAUGAGCGACUACAAUGAUUUUCACAAAAUGGUUAAAAAACAUAUUCUUGCAAGUGUUCUUGGAGCCAAUGCACAGAAGCGACUCCGUUUUCACAGAGAAGUUAUGAUGGAAAAUAUGUCCAGGAAGUUUAAUGAACAUGUGAAGACCCUCUCAGAUUCUGCUGUUGAUUUUAGGAAAAUAUUUGUGUCUGAACUUUUCGGACUAGCUCUAAAGCAAGCUCUGGGAAAUGAUAUUGAGUCCAUUUAUGUGGAGGAUUUGACGACUACAUUAUCACGAGAGGACUUAUAUAACACUCUAGUGGUUGAUUUUAUGGAGGGUGCAAUUGAGGUGGAUUGGAGAGAUUUCUUUCCGUACCUGAAAUGGAUUCCAAAUAAGAGCUUCGAGAUGAAAAUCCGUAAAGUGGAUCGCCAAAGAAAAAUUAUAAUGAAGGCACUGAUUAACGAGCAGAAGAAGCGGUUGGCAUCAGGAAAAGGCUUAUAUUGUUAUUAUGAUUACCUAGUAUCAGAAGCUAAAGAAGUGACUGAAGAACAAAUGAUUAUGCUGCUCUGGGAGCCAAUUAUUGAGACAUCCGAUACUACCUUAGUCACAACAGAAUGGGCUAUGUAUGAACUUGCCAAAAACAAAAAUCAUCAGGACCGUCUGUAUGAGGAGCUCCUAAAUGUAUGUGGACAUGAAAAGGUUACAGAUGAGGAGUUAUCUAAGCUACCUUACUUGGGGGCUGUAUUCCAUGAAACAUUAAGGAAACACAGUCCAGUUCCGAUUGUCCCGCUAAGAUAUGUUGAGGAGGAUACCGAAUUGGGAGGAUAUCAUGUUCCUGCUGGAAGCGAGAUUGCAAUAAACAUAUAUGGAUGCAACAUGGAUAGUGACUUGUGGGAAAAUCCUGACCAGUGGAUUCCAGAGAGAUUUCUUGAUGAGAAAUAUGCCCAAGCGGAUUUGUACAAGACAAUGGCCUUUGGCGGAGGGAAGAGGGUAUGUGCAGGCUCUCUUCAGGCCAUGUUGAUAGCUUGCACGGCUAUCGGCAGAUUGGUACAAGAAUUUGAGUGGGAGCUGGGACAUGGAGAGGAAGAGAAUGUGGAUACAAUGGGCCUUACCACCCACAGGCUUCAUCCCUUGCUAGUCAAACUUAAGCCAAGAAACCAUAUUUACUAA